AUGACAUCGUUUUACACUGCUCAGGAGAGUCUAUCCGGGAACACUACCGAUCUCGAAGACGAAGACUUGGAUUCAACGUUACGUGACAUUGGCGAGGAAGACUAUGAAGUGCAGGACGCGGUACAUCCAUCCACGUUCGAUCGCACCUCACCACGGAUGUCUUCGUUCAGGCAAGGCGAUCCCACCGCACCGAAAGACAGUCCGCUUUACGCCCCACCAACUCCUGUACGCUCAGGACGGCCGAUUCCGAUCCCAGUUCCUCCGCCACGGAUCUCUUCAUGA